AUGGCCGACAAUAAUGGCCGAUCAGCUGUCAGGUGGCAGAAUGAAGUACCGAAACUACGAUCGACUUGCGAUCGGUGCAUGAUGCUCAAGGUCCGAUGCGACAAACGAAAACCACAAUGUGAACGAUGCGAAGCGAUUCAAGCAACCUGUGUCUAUAGUCCAUAUCGGUGGAAGAGGAAAUCGUCUACACAACACCAACCGUUAUCGAACAAAACGGUCAAAGCAAAUACCGGCCCUACUCCAUCGGAUAUACACUCCAGAAACCAGGAACAGGCAAGGGAACACACGGAACAAAGCACAGAGAUUUGCAAUCUCGAGAUUCACGACGUUGUCCCUGAUUAUGCAGGGUUGUUGGCCGGGGUUAACAAAGAGGACCUGCUUGGGGGCAAUGAAACCGAUACCCUGGAAGAUUGGUAUGCACAGUGCAUGGAUAUCGAUCAACCAGGACCUACCCACAUACAAGCAGAUGACACUAGCAAUCUGAGGGCACUUGGGGGAUCAGACACUUCUCUAUCCGAGGUGUCCGACUCUUCAUCUACAGGAAAGGGUCUUAUGUGUUCAUGCCCGAGUAUGGCCAUUACUGCACUUCAGAAUAUGUUCAGUAGCGAGUUUGAAUGCCAAGAAAGCGCUAUAAACCCCGGUCUCACACCCGGACAUCACAUUGUGAAGGUUAAUCGUGUCACUAUGCAGCACUUGGAACGCAUUUUGAGGUGUGGCAGUGGAAUCUGCACUAGGGACCCCACCAUACUUUUCAUGGUUAUGGCCAUGUUCUCCAAAGUGAUAGCCGGGUAUCAUUCAGCGUUUGUCGCUUUUACACGGGAACCGUACCCAUCACAAAGCGCAGAUUCAUCACAUUCAGUUCUCGGCUCUUUUCUUAGGCCAUGCUCUGCUACUCCCAUCCAAUUUUGGGAUCUUGCCCUGGAAUUCUCUUCCGAGCAGCGUAUGAAGGCACAGUUUCUGCUUUGUGAAGUGCAAAAGCUGAGCUUGGUGUUUGAUCUUGCGAAGGCACGCCCCUUUUACCAUGCACAAUAUGAUGGAUCACAAGAAUUGGGCUCUCACAGAAAAUCAUUGCCAACAUCGGCUGUUCAGCAGUUCCUUUCGGCCGAUUUGGAUGUUUUGAUUACCUUGAUCAAGGAUUAUUGUAUCACCAGGCCACCCAUCUAA